AUGAGGAAGGCAACCUCUAUAAAAAAUCCCACAACCCAAGGUCGAGCGUGCCGAUGGGGUGAAUCGCUGGUGGUAUUCACGUGCCAAGCGCUCAGGGGGAAGUGGGGGGAAAUUCAGGGACCAAAGCCUUGUAAAAAAGGAAACAUGGAAACAGUGGGUAACAUACUAAUACCCCAGGGUGGUACCGGCAAUGCCGGAGAAUCCAUCCCUAGGCCUAGCCUAGAGGAUACGCGAAAGAGAAAGGCAAAGGCUCCAAGUGUUAAAUCGGUGGCCGCUAAAUACAACGCGGUAGCUCUGCCUCGGCAACCCCUACUGAAGUGGAGGAUAUGCCUACUGAGAUUGAUACGGAAGAGGACUUUGCCGACCUGGUGUGUGUAUCAUCGAAGUCCAGGGCGAAAUAAACUUUGCCAGGAGUUUGCUUUAGAGCUGCGAACUCAGGCCGGCAGAAAGGUUGAAGAACACAUUGACCGUCAACUUCAAGCCAUUGAGGAGGUAGCAAACCGAUCCCGCAAUUUAAAGGGAAGCUACGUUCAGAGCCUAAGGUUGGCCGUGCGGAAUGUUAAAGCCGCGGCUGAUGAGCUUGCCCGAAGGUCCGCUACUGAUGAAAAUUUCGCGAGACUAGAGAGAGAAAAUGCUGAACUACGUUCAGCGCUUUCUAGCCUUAGCAACAGAGCGGAUAAACUGACGGAGGAAAUUAAUUACCUUCGCAAACAAACGCAUAAAAGAAUCGGCGUCACUAAUUCAACUGCAGAUGCUCCAGUGCCCAAAAACGGAGAGGAGGCACUGAUGGAACGUAUUGGAGCAUUAAUUGAGAGUAAAUUGGCGGCUUUCGAAGCCCGGCUGUUGCCUAUAAGGCACUACGCCCACCACUGGGAC